UCCCCUCUCUGGGGAAAGCCUUUAACAAAUGGUACACUAGCCAUGGAUUUGAUGUUUCUGCAGAGAUGUCGUCAUGGAGUUUCGCUUCGUUAAGUGCGGCAUCCUUUUCGCAGUGAGCUGGUUGUUUGUCACAUCCUUCUUACUUGCAUGGUUCUUCAUUCUCCCCUGCUAUGUCAAUGGUCCCCUCAUCCAGUCUGAAACAGCGUCGGCACAGAGCUCUUUCAAGAGCCGAGAAAGCGAAAGCACCGAACGCCCAGGGCUGAGGGGAAGCAAAGAGAAUUUGGACGUCGCCAUAGAUUUCAACAGCAGCAACAUCUCUGCGCCAAGUGCAGCAAGUUCUGAAGUGAGCACUGAUGCGAACAACACCACUGUGCCUGCAGAACAUCCGAGGAAAUAUGCAUAUGUUUGGUAUUUGGCCAACAGCAGCAGCGACAUCGCCUGCGCCAUUCUGGUGGCUGCAGCCUCGGUUCAGCAGAAUGGUUUGCGUCCCGAUACGGAUCUGGUGGCCAUCUGGAACCGGGGUGUUCCCGGCAUGGAACGAUUUCAGAAGAUGGGGAUCAAGUUGAUUCAGGUGAAAGAUCCGGUGUCCAAAGGAAAAUUCCAAUGGACCUAUUCCUUUGUGAAGCUGCGCGCAGCUGAGCUCUUCCAAUAUCAACGGAUCAUCUAUUUCGAUGUGGAUGCCUUCCCGUUGGCUUCCAUGGAUAACUUGUUCGAGAUCGCCCCAUUCCCCGUGGAACUGGCCGCUCCACGCGCCUACUGGUUGAAGCAGCCGCUGGUGCAAAGUGGUGGUCCCAUGGUGCUCGAUCCACGACAGAUCUUCUACCAGAGGGACUUCGCUAAACCCAUGGAAGGUUCCAUGGGAUCUCUCGCUGGUGAAAUGGACUGGGUCAACAAACACUUCAUUAACACCGUCUUUGUGUUGGAUGGUUUUUAUGCUCUGCUGAUCGGCGAAUGGUGCGGGGUGGAUGGAGCCUAUCGCUACUGGCAGAAGCACUACGAGGAAAGUCCUGAAUGGGUCUUAAGACAGGCCGUGCUGGUGCACUUCAUCUCGGACUGGAAGCCCUGGCUGCUGACCAGCCCGGCUGCCUUAGAGAAGCGCUGCAUCAAAGCGCAACCGCAAUUGUUGCAGAUCUACCAAAAAUGGUGGGAUGCCAAGGAAAAGUAUUGCUGAGAGAUUGAUUAUGUGAACAAAAAGAUACGAUGCCUGGAGGGAUCUGCGCAGAGAAAA